AUAGUAGCCCAGCUGCUGUUGUGACACUGAGCAGAGUAGCUCUUUGAAGUUCAAUUUGCAAAGGCGUUUGUCAGGACCACUGUGGAAGAUGAAUGGAUUUUGUUUUAUAAAAGAACCACUGAGACUGUUCUUUAAGACAACUAGCUCUCUGCCCCACCUCUGCCAUUGCUAGACUGGCCACACAGAGCCUGACCUGCUGCAGGACGACCCCCAAGUGUAAGAAGGCAAGUGAGACCACUUCAAACCAAACAGUUUAACACUUCCAAGAACCAGCUAAGAGAAGGCAGAGAUGAGCAGCAGCAGUCCUGUGGCUGACACUCACACAAUUGCCACGGACCUCCAUGAGCAGAGGGGGAGCACAGAGGCCAACCGGCAUAAGGAAAAGAUGGAGUUACUGGACCAGUUUGACAAGGAAAGAAAAGAAUGGGAGAGUCAGUGGAAGAUCAUGCAGAAGAAGAUCGAAGAGCUUUGCCAGGAAGUAAAGCUUCAGAGGAAGAUGAACAUGAAUGAAUAUUCUAAGGUCAUUGAUCUUUGCCGUGAUCAAGAUAAAAUGGAAUUUCCCCCAAAUCACCUCAACUCGGCACAAUGCAAAUUAAGAGUGCUGAAUUACCGAGAUGAUCCAGAAAAGGAAAAGAAAACAGAAAGGAAUUUCCUUGGGGAAGAAAGUCAAGGGUCUCCAAAACAAAACAUACACACAGAAACCAAAGUGGAGUUUUGGAAUCCUUUGGCCACAGACAGGAAGGCAUGUGAGACCUGGGCUGGUGAGAACACUUCUAAGGAGAGCAAAGAUUUUUCUGUCGCCCUUAACACAGCUCUUGAAGAACUUGCAAAAGUUAGUGAAGAAUUGUGCACCUUUCAAGAGGAAAUCCAAAAGCAUUCUAACCACAGAAGGAUGAAAUCAGAUCCUGUUCUCCAGGAAAUGCCAAAGGCAAUCCCUGUGCCUCCUCAGGACCACUUGAUCAGCAAAGGUCAGGGCAUUCUUCCAACCAAUUUGGAGAAAGAAAUGCAGAAAAAGAAUCUGAGCUGUGCCUAUGGACUCCAAAGCAAUUCUAUGAACAACUGUGGAAUUGGUACAACUGGUUUACAAAGAGGCGAAACUCCGCCAACUCCCCCUCCAAGAAGUACCUCUCGAAAUCUCCCCAGCUCAUAUUCUGAACAAGCCCAAGAAAGACUGAAGGAACAUUUAUACCACAGGUGGGUGGCCCAUGAGAUUCAAGACAAAACAGAUAACAAUCCUCAUUUCCUCUUGAGGCAGUCUCCGUUGUUUCCACAAGAAGGCAAGAGUUUGAAAGAUAGUACCAUGUUUUCCUCUUGGACACCAGAAGUCAAAAUAGAUAGAAAUCUUCCAGGUAACAAAGACACUGGACUUAAUUUGUGGUCAUGUGACACUAUAUUAGGUACAAGAGAGAGCCCUUCCAGGCCGUCUCAAAAAACCAGUUUUACCUCCAGUGGAGCAAAAUUUGAAAAGGUAUUUCCAGAUAACCCUACGAAAUUGCAUCUUGAUCUUCAUGUGAAAAAUGACUUUCUUCCCUCAGUGACACAGAGGGACCCAGUUAGAAUUUACGACUGCAAUUGUGAACCAACUCCAAGGAAUGAAAAGCUGGCUGCAAAGAUUGACGAGUUUAACAGAACUGUUUUUAGAACAGACAGAAGUUGUCAAGCAAUACAGCAAAGUGACAUCUAUACAAAAUCGCCUGACAAUCUCAAUUCCUGUGAUAUCUCCACUGCUCAGAAAGCUUACCUAUCAGAAGUUGACAGUGGGACCAGUGUUCUGAAAGCUAGUGACAAUGUGUCUGUGCCCAUGGAAAAUGUGUUCAGUGAUCCCGAAAAAAUAUACUCGGCAGACCUGGUCAAUCAAACGCAGACACGUGAGAGCCCCAGCAGCUAUCAGCUUAUGCUCCAUGAGCAUGAUUGGAGAUCAAGCAAUUUUUCUAGCCGGCCAAGAUCAGCGGAUCCCAGAUCAAAUUACGGUGUUGUGGAAAAGCUGCUGAAAACCUAUGAGACAGAGACAAGGUCUGCACUGCAAAACUCAAAAGGCUACAGGAAUAACUGGACCAAAUGCGGUUCUGAUGAGUCCAUAGCAGUGAAAGCCUCCAAUGGAAAAGGAUUUUCCCGACCUGCUAGACCAGCAAAUCGUCGGCUCCCAUCCAGAUGGGCAUCCAGAUCGCCAUCUGCACCCCUAGCCUUGCGGAGGACUGCCCACAGAUAUAAAGUCUCUCUGCAAACAGAAGCCUAGAUGCUCGAUAUCUCUAGCCUGGAUUGCUGGAUUACAAAAGCUCUUAUACCUUUUGCCAAACUGAAUAUUGAGAAUGUUUACAAACACUCCUGUUCUCUUCUGUAUUUUCUAAGACCACUGGAACAAGUGAUCCAAACCCCAACUUUCCAUCAUCAGUCUUCAGUGUUUUUAAUCUACAGGAUAAUUAUAUCCUUCUACUUUAAUUUCUUGCAUUAGAUUUUUUUUGUCGGCAUCCUCAUUGACUUUGCAAUAUGAUUUAAGUUGACACAGUGUACUAUAUUGUAUAUUCUAACUUUCCUUGCAAAUGCAGAAAACAAGGUCCUGUGCAUGGCAAUGUGUUUGUAGGUGCAUGUGUUGUCAUAGGAAGUAUUCUGGUAUGUAUUUAGGUAAAAAUGUAUGUGCUAGUGUUGACUUUGAAAUUAUAACAUGUAGACCUAUAUAUUCUUUGUGCUUAUUUUAAAGUUUUGAAAAUAUACAAUCCUAUUUAUAUUUUGCAUACCUUUUAAUAGGUAUUCACCUAAGGCAUUUGAUGUUCAUGUAUCAUUUAAUGACUUCUUUGACCACCAACUAUAUUGAAAAAUAAGAAUUAUACACAAACCUAACAUUAACAAUUUUCCUGAAAUCAAUCUUUUUUUUUUUUUUUUUUUUUUGGUUUUUCCAGACAGGGUUUCUCUGUGUAGUCCUGGCUGUCCUGGAACUCACUCUGUAGCCCAGACCGUCCUCAAACUCAGAAAUCUGCCUGACUCUACCUCCCAAGUGCUGGGAUUAAAGGCGUGCACCACCACGCCUGGCUCUUUUUGACCUGAAAUCAAUCUUAAAUAGCAUUUUAACCCAUCUGAAAAUAGCUGAUACUUUUGAUUUUUUUGUAAAAUGAAAAUGUUACAGGUUUAAUAUAUCAGCCUUCUAGAGCAAUCAUAAGAAGCUCACACACACUUUUAUAUAUCAUCUUGUAGUCUCAUGUGACUUUAACUGUAUACUUGUUUCUCGGAGCCAGUAUCAUUAGACUGCCUUAAUAAUGACAGGAGGAAGUAAUAAAUUUAUUUUGUCAUUCGUAGUAACAAACAUCCUUUAUACGAGAUAAAGAAAGGCAUCAAAUCAUGCUGAAUUUUUCUUUUUUGUUAAAAUUGUCCCGAGUUUUCAGUUGUCUGCUUUAUCUCAAAUUCCUCUGUAGAGGUAAGUUGCUUGGUUGGUUGGUUGGUUGGUUGGUUGGUUGGUUGGUUGGUUUGUUUGUUUGUUUUCUUCCUUUAAUCUAAUCAUGUCCCCAAAGUUAGUAGAUAAAAAACUAAUUCGAUUUUUUAUGUAAAACAAGAAUGAACAGAAACAAUUUUUUUGUUGACAGCUCAGUUAUAUUGUAAUUCUUAUACUGUGUAAAAAGGUCUUAAACUAAAUUGGGCAUUGAUAAUAACAUAAGAAACAGAGAUAUACAUCAAGGGUAUAAUCUGCUUUCACCUGAUGCAUGAAAUCUGUACUGAGAAGUGGCCUAGAAGAAGUAGAAGAGUUAAGGUACUUAGAAUUCUUCAUGGAUGGUCUUAGAAACAACUUUGCUGUACAUUACUCCCAUAUAAGAGCAAUUAUUUUGAAUGGUUUGUUAAAUAUUAAUCCUACUUCACCCAGAAAUGUUGAGAAAUUCUCUUUGCCAAACAAAAUCAGUGGGCUUUCUGCUUUUACUAUACUAGCCACUCGAAGGAUUCCACCUUAUUAUACCAUUCCCUGGAGUAAAGGAAAUAAUUUUUAAAUCACAGAUUGCCUUAAAAGGCUCAAGACUGUAGCACAGUGAUGGCAAGAUUCACGGUUUACAGUAAGAAGACGUCUAGGGCUUAAGUGGUAUUAGGUGUCUAGAAUGCGAGUUUGGCACAACUCACGAAGGUUAUAGAUCCACUUUUCUCAAUCUUUCAUACUUUAGGGUUGUUCCCACACACACACACACAGGAAAGUAGCCUAGAUACCAGAUACGAGUUAGAGUAUACUUUUCCACUAGAACAGAGAAAACACUGGAGAAGUGGUUCCUUGGGGCAAGAAAUAAUAACCUAAAGCUAUUGCUGUGGUCACAUCUGUUCCUCGGUGUCCCUGAAUCCCAGGCAGUCUGGGAAUGAUCUGUAGCCCCUGUCUUCAAGUUCACAUCUGAAUGUUGAGGUCUCCUUUAAAAAUGGGAAAUCCUGAUCUCAUCCCAAAAAUGAUAAAGAAAGAUUUCCAGCAGAGGAGACCUGAGAUUCUUCAAGUCUUUAAUAAAGCAAAACAAUGUAAUAUAUUUGAUGACCACGCUGACUUGGAAGCAGAGGCACUGAGUAGAACCUGAGCGGGUUAGGACUUGGGGUAGUGUCUUUGAUCACUUAAUCCUUUCCUUUAUUAUCAACAAACAGUUGCCUUGCCAGGGGUUCAGCCGCUUAAGCUGCCUUUUCUGUUAUCAUCUGAAUAGACUAAUGGGGCCACUUUAAUACCAUAUAUUAAUGUGAAUCAUUAGAAUUGGGAAAAAACUAGCUUUUAGUCUGGCUCCUUGACUAGAAAACUGAAGAAACUGAAACAAACUGAUUAGUCUAUAUUCUCUCUUAAAGUAGUUUAUAAAUUUUAUGGGAAAGCUUACCAGGAAAGUGGAAGUUGUCACUGAAAAUAUUUUUUUAAUUGUUGUGAUUUUUAACUGGUUCUUUUUCUAUGCUGGGUAGCCAUUUUCUUCACUGAAACCGUCAUUAUGCCAUCAUUCUUGAGUUUAAGGUCUUUUAAUCAUUUACAAAGAUUUCAUUAGGAAUGUCUAUUUAGAAGACAUUUUUCCUAGCAGCUUUUGAAAAAAAAAUAAAAUAAAGGUCUCUUUUUUUUCACAGGGGAUUAUUGAAAUUUUUAGCUGAUCUCAGAACCAGAGUACUAAAAUAUCUCUCUCUCUCUCUCUCUCUCCUCUCUCUCUUUCUCUCUCUCUCUCUCUCUCUCUCCUCUCUCUCUCUCUUUCUCUCUCUCUCUCUCUCUCUCUCUCUCUCUCUCUCUCUCUCUCUUUCCCUAUCUCCCCCUUUCUCCCUCCCUCCCUUCCUCCCGCCAUCCUCCUUUUCGCUCUGUGUUUGCACUUUUAUGUGUAUUAUAAAUAUUUGCCUUAGAACCACAACACAAAUAUAAAAAUAUAAGUGAUAAUUUGUAUUAUUCAGCACUUCAAACAUGACCGUGUCUUUCACUUGUCCUUAUUGAAAUGAAUAGAAAGAUUCUUAUGCUGACAUUCCCCAAAACAUGAUUUAUGUCUACGUAAAUGACUUAGCAAAGCCACCACAAAGUCUUAAAACAAAGCAAAGCAUUGAAUUCCCAAAAGAGUAUUAAGUUCCAUUAAAAAAAAAUCUUUAAACUUACAUUUUUCAGAUGAAAAAUAAUUAUUUGAUAUUGAAGUCUUCAGCCAUUGGAAGCUAUUAAAUAAAAUAAGUUUGGAAACACUUA